CUCCUCCCUUAACACCCAACAACAACACCAGCCUCGUAGUCAGCUUUUAGCUAUGUUGUGUUAAUUAGUUCUUUUUGUUUCUCCGCAAGGAAGGUCCUUUGGUACCGGCGUUGUUGAAAGAAGAUAUGAGCCAACAUAACAAAGACCGGAGGAACACUGAAGCACGCCUACUGGCUUAUACUUGGCAGGUCCUUACAUUCAACCCCCUUCCACUCAUUUGUCCAGUCUGUUCUCAAAGCCACCCAGAACCUAGGCUUCAACAACCCUAAAGAGCCAGAUAUGAAGAUUAAGAAUACGUUUUAUAAAUAAAGGAGACUGGAAAAGGGAAAGUGGUUUUACAACAGAAGGAUUUUGUUUCUUUUAAGAAGCAUUAGUAGUUUCUUUUUUUUAAAAGUAUAACACCUGGUAUCUUUGGAAAAUGGAGCAUAGCAAGAGAGAAAUGUGUAAAGCUCAAAGAAAGAUAAAAAGAUGCAUAAACAUUCUACAGAGCGAUAUGCCUGAUAUCUGUAUCAGGCAAACCCCAACUAAGCAUAUCCUCAUAGGAAAUGCUGGACUGACUACAAAUGCUGAUGAAUCAUCUCUGGUUGAACUAAUCACAGCAGUUGGAUGUGGUCUUGAAGCUCUCACCUUGAUUCCAGGCAAGCAGUAUAGCUUUGCCUCUUUCUCAUCCCCUGAGCAAGCUCAGACAGUUUUUCAAGCUGCUCAUGGCCGCCUUGAUGUACGAGGAUCUGCUUCUCCUGUAUACAUGUCCUAUGUUAAUAAAGUGCCAUCAGAUCCAUCACCAAUACAGUUCAAGUUUCCACCUGGCUUGAUGGUGUUAGAAGAUUUUAUAUCAGCAGAGGAGGAGAUACAACUGAUGCAAUUAAUUGACUGGGGUGAUAGUCCUUUCAGUAUACCAGAAGGAAGCAUUCUAAAACACCGUCAAGUUCGUCACUUUGGCUAUGAGUUCAAUUACAGCAGCAAUUCAGUUGACAAGGAACAUCCUUUGGCACAGAGAAUUCCACCAGUCUUGAUGCCCAUUGUUAAGAGAUUUGUUGAAGAAGGCUGCAUGCCAGUUGUUCCAGACCAGUUGACUAUCAAUAGAUACCUCCCAGGCCAAGGAAUACCACCACACGUGGACACACACAGCUCAUUUACUGAUGAGAUCUUGUCUCUGAGUAUAGGCGGAGGGGUCAAUAUGGACUUCCGCUACAUACCUAGCAACAGUGAAGGAAUGAAAAAUAAACCAUGUCAUUAUGUUGUGUACCUUCCACCAAGGUCACUAUGUGUAAUGACUGGUCCUGCAAGAUACGAGUGGUCACAUGGCAUCUGUCCUCGUAUGACAGAUGUUGUUCCGAAUAAGAAUAGCACCACUGGGCUACAGCUUUUGCCACGUGAAGAGCGAGUGUCAUUUACCUUCAGAAAAGUUCGACACGGAGAAUGCUGGUGUCGCAUUGCCACUGUUUGUGAUUCUUACAAGAAAUCAAAAGUCACAUCACAAGAGGAGAAAAGCAGCAGUGCAUCAGCCACCAUGCUCGAUGACAGGAAUGCUGCCAAACUGGAAAGAGAACAUGUGCUCCAAGUCUAUGAUCAGAUAGCUGAACACUUCAGUGUUACAAGACACAAACCAUGGCCACAAGUGUUAGAGUUUGUUUGCUCUCUACGUCCGGGCUCGUUUUUUUUGGAUGUUGGGUGUGGAAAUGGCAAGUACUUGGGCCAUAACAAUGCCCUUCUUCAGAUUGGUUGUGACACUAGCUUGGAACUGAUGAAAAUCUGCAAUACUCGAGGCUUUGAAGUUCUAACAUGCAAUUGCCUACAGUUACCCUUUAGAGAUUGUUUGUUUGAUGCUGCUGUGUGUAUUGCUGUGAUACAUCAUCUUGCAACUGAGGAACGUCGUCUUGCUGCAGUAUCAGAAAUGUUGAGGGUACUCAGCAUAGGUGGACGUGGUCUCAUUUAUGUUUGGGCCAUGGAGCAGCAGAAAGGAAAGAAAAGGUCAACAUAUCUCAAGCACAACAAAACUAACAGUCAUGACACACAACAGGACGAAUCAUUGAUAGCAAUUUCAAAAAACCUAAAUUUUGAAGAGGAGCAAAAUACAGAGAGUAAUCAAAGGAGCAUAAAAGCAAGCACAUCAGGUGCUUCUUCACUUCCAGUACAUGUCAACCGUACAGAAUUUGUGCAACAAGAUAUGCUUGUACCAUGGAAACUUAAGACUCAAAAGAAGAAAGAAGGAAAUUGUGAUAAAAAAGGACAUUAUGAGAAGGAAUGUAGAAUUUCUUACCGGUGCAGGGGAAGCAAAACUCCAGUGAAUGGACCUUCUUUGGAUGCACCCCAGACAACAGUGUUAGAAAAUGAUAUAAAAGAAAAUUACCAAAAUAACUCAUAUAAAAGAGAGCCCCAGACAAGUGGGUCUGAUCCGGUUUUCCAUAGGUUCUAUCAUGUUUUCAAGCAAGGGGAAUUGGAAGCUUUAUGCUCCCAAUUAAAUGUUAAUAUAAUUAAGUCAUACUAUGAUGAAGGAAAUUGGUGUAUUAUAUUUGAGAAAGUAAGUUGAAAAUGUAUCCUAUUUAAUAUAUUUGAAAUUUGGCAUAUGCUAAGAGAUUAAUGUUUCUUAAGCUUAUCUUUUGUGGAAUGUAUUGAUGGGUGAGAUUCUUAUAUAGCAAUCUCCAUAUUUAGCAUUACAUUUCAUAUGUUAAUAUGCAGAUGAUUUAUGCUCAGGCAAGAUCAGUAAAGCAUGUACUUAAAAAUGGCUCAAUAUUCAUGUUUUCAUUGAUUAAUAUCUAUCCUUAAACCUGUGGAGUGCAGGGCUUACUUCAGGUUUUUUACUUAAACAUACAUAAAUGUAUUUCAGUAUUCUAUUAGGUAAGGACUUGUAUUUGUAAAUUUUUAAUAAAAUAUGAGUAUGUGUUAAAAUGUAAACCAGUGAAUACUUGAUUCACAUAUCUUAGAUUUUGAAUUAAAACAUGUUGAAUAUAUGAAGGUUUGAAGUAGCAUUAUUGGUCUUCAUGGCUACUAAAUGCAUGGUUUUCUUUGUGUAAAUUACUAUUAAUUAAAAUUAAGAUGAGCUAUGCUUUGGACACGGUAGUUAAGCCAUUUCAGGUGCAGUUUGGCAAAUGAAAUCGUUAACAGAUAUGUUAUGACUGAAUACUUAGUUGUUAGUUAAUUUUUAAGAAAAAGACAAGCGUGAAGACUGGUGGCAUGAGGAAAGUUAGAUGCUGUUGUUUUACCUUAACAUGGAGUACAAAUGAGUAACCCAAACAGGUGCAUUCAUGUUUCUAAACAUAACAACCUGCCUUUAACUGUGCCACAACGCCCUUAACUACGUAUGAAUAGCUAUUAUUAGCUUCAACAUAAAGGACGUCUUGUAUCUCUUGUGAUAACUCUAGGUUAAUUUUAUGUUUAAUGAGCAUUUCUUUCACUGCCAGUUAAGCACUGCCCUCAUAGCUGAGAGAUAAACUGUAAAAUUUCAACAAUUUUAUAAAUAUAUAUACAUAUACAA